CCAUACAUUACCUCACACUUUCAAUAUUGGGUUACGAGAAUUUUUCGUCAAGGCCUUCUUUAGGAGUAAACAGAGUCAGUAUAAAGGCCAUCACCGUCAACAAUGAUACACAGUCGAGGUUCAGUAACUCGUGCGAAAAUGAAUGCACCCGCCGUAAUUUUAUUUUGUAGUCUCGUAGGGAGCAUUGUAUGUUAUAAUGUACAACGAGAACUACCCUACCAGACGGGGGCAAAUGACCCAUAUGCCGUGGAAGUCAAUCCCAGUUUAGAACCAUCGCAGAGGAUCUUUUGGGGCAGUGGAAGUGGAAGCAACCAAGUUGGCGGCGGAAACUCACUGUGGUCCAAGCUCACCAACAAAUUUCCAUUUUUAGAAAACAUGUUCGGUCGCAUGACAUUACCAACCCAAUAUGGAGUACCUAACGUUCAGCAACAAUAUGGACUACCUUACUACCAACAGUCUGGUUUGCCAAACAACUUACAGCCACAGUUCUAUAAUGGGCAGUAUUAUCAGCAGCUGCUGCCUUCUGGACGUGAUGUAUCAUUUACAGAUGACGCUGUGAUUGUGACGCCACCCUUUGUUCCCAUUGCACCUCAGCCCGUGGCGCCAGUGCCUGACUCUCCGACUGGUUAUAAUUACAACAAACCGCAAUAUCGAUUAGAACUACCCCACAAGUAAAACUGUAUUAACUUUAUAAUUUAGUACCCAGUUCAAUACUUAGCUUAAGAAAUCUUAAAUUUUUUUUCUUCAUUUUGGUUAUAAAUAUCACAAUUUACUUACAAUCUACUAGAAAUCAUGAAAUAAAACAAAUAUAGAAGCUUUUGUUUUAUUAUUACGGGUAUGUUGUAGAUAGAGGCUUUCUCAGCAGUAUUAAGUUUUUCUAUAGAUUAUUAAUUAAAAUAAACAAAUAAUAAAAAUAUAUUAAAA